AUCAAAUCUUUAUAUAUAACAAAAGAUCACACAAAUAAUGUCACAAUCAUCAACACCGAUUCAUCGUCAUCUUCAACUCGGUCUUGAUCUUCUUCUUCUUUCUACCGACAUCUGAUUUGUGUGUCUCAGGAUUCGAAAAAUCGAAAGAAAUAUCUUUGCUUUCUCUUGAAGAACGGAGAAAAAAAGUUUGCGACUUUGAUUGGUUUCGAUGAAGCUUCGACAAAACCCUGGUUUUGUCUGAAUCCUUUUGGUGUAUUUCCCGACAAGAUUUGUGUUUUUUUACUAGAAGGGUUUUGAAAGAAGCAGGAGCAUAGAUUAAUGGGUUGUGCUGGAUCGACACAGUCGCAAGGAGAUGGGUCAGUGAAGAAAAUUAGGAAGCCGAAACCAUGGAAGCAUACCCAACCGAUCACGAAAGCUGAGCUUAUGAAACUGAGAGAAGAGUUUUGGGACACUGCUCCUCAUUAUGGCGGUAGGAAAGAGAUAUGGGACGCUCUUCGCGCUGCUGCUGAAGCUGACAUAUCUCUUGCACAAGCAAUUGUAGACAGUGCAGGAGUUAUUGUUCAGAACACGGAUCUCACAGUCUGCUAUGACGAGAGAGGUGCCAAGUAUGAGCUACCUAAGUAUGUUCUAAGCGAGCCUACCAACUUUGUGGAAGAAAAUUGAUUGAAGAUCAAGAAUAUUUGGAAAAGACAAACAAAAGAAAAGAAGAACCAAAUGUAAAUCUUGUGUGUAAGUAGUUACAUUAGGAUUCUCUGCUUUUGUCUAUUUUAACACUUAUAAAAGAUUGAUACCCACAGGCCACAUCUCUCUCUCUCUCUCUCUCUCUCUGACUUGUACCUAAGAACUCAGAUUGUUUCUGGAAAUCUAAAGACAGUUCUUUGAGUGUCAUCUUAA